AUGAAUCAAAAUAUAGAACUGUCAACAACUAAAACAUCUGAAAUUGAUCUUCAUCAAGCAUUUGAUGUUAUUCAAAUAGGUCCAAACAAAUUUCGAGGUAAAUCACCCUUAACCAAACCACAUGUUCUUAAUAGAGGUGCAUAUGGAGGAAAUCUCGUUGCCCAAGCUAUCUUAGUCGCCAUCAAAACCUCCCCAGCAGGAUUUAAACCCCAUUCAUUACAUUCAUAUUUCGUCAAGGGAGUCAAUGACAUAACCCCAUUAGAUUGGGAAGUAGAAGAAAUUUCAAAUGGAAGAUCUUUCGUAAAUAGGAUCGUAAAGGGGAUUCAAAAUGAUAUAGUUGUUUAUAUUGCAAAUAUAUCACUCACGAAUCGUAAUUCCCAUCGCGAGGCUGUCAAGAACGGUGAAUCACCUUUCCAAUUCCAAACCCCAGAAGAUUCAUAUAUCCAAAAAGCAAGAAUCCAAGACCUUCCAGUCGAUGACACCAAUGAGAAAAUCUUCCUUCAUAUCAAAACCUUCCCUGAAGUCAAACGUUCCACCACCAUCGAACCAACUAGAAAGUUGUCAUACCUUGUCAAAUGGGGUCUUCCUAAACCAGGGUCUACUGACGUACAAGAACUCCAACCACUAGAAGAUCCAAUAUAUCAAUUCCUCGGACUUUCGUCGAUUUCCGAUUGGAUCUCGUUAGAGUAUUUGAUCAACCAUAUCGGAAUCGAUUCUUCCCAAUUGCCUCGUCAUACUGUAUCUCUCGAUCAUUCUAUUUAUUAUCAUGAUGAUGAUUUUGAUGCGACGAAAUGGAUGGCAUAUUCUAUGAAGUUGGUUAGGAUUGGUCUUGGUCGGGUUUUGGUGGAGGGAGAGAUCUAUAAUGAUAAAGGGGUGCAUGUCGCUAGUGUUGUUCAGGAAAGACUUUAUUUGAUUAAUGGAAGACAGAAGAAGCUGAAGUUGUAG